CUAAGAAAAUGGAUGGAUGGAUAUUUAUAUGUGACGAUGAGUAUUUAUUUUCAUGUGAACAUGCAUUUAUCCAGCUAAAGAACAGAUUCUGAUUUGCUCUGCGGUCUGGCAGCUAACAGCAGAUUUUAAAAAAAAGCAAGUAUAUCAAGAUUUCUUUUAACAGAACCAAAUGUUCAUCUGAUCUGCCAUUUGGUUCCUUACGUGAAGGCCCGCGGGCAGUAGGUUGCACAUCCCCGGCUUGCAAUCUUUAUUUCUUGGUUCGAUCGCAUCAGGGCAUAAUUGUUCUCUUCUUUUCUUCGAGAAAGUCGUUUUAUUUUGUUUUGGUUUUUGCCUCAUCCUCCACCCCCACCUCCAGCUUCUUCACGGGCUUGGCUUCUCGCCCUCUAGCGGCAGACUGACGGCGCCAAUUCGGCGUAGCAGCUCCGGGCUGACGGGCUCCUUCCGUCCCGCUGUCAGCUUGGUACUUCCCUCCAGUCGAAGACCCACCAAAAACGAGCCCGGAGACCCGGGGGCAGCAGGCUUUCUUUGGUUCGCCCCCCCCCCCCUCCCCACAGCCGCGUCCUCCCUACACUUCUUUCCGUUCCUCCCUCGCGGAGAGAUGAGGCGGAGGGAGAAAAGACUGCUGCAGUUCGCCGGGCUUCUCGUAGCGGCUUUCCUCUUCCUACCCAACGUCGGCUUGUGGUCGUUGUACCGGGACCGGCUGUUCGACAACCCGCCGGACGCAGCGUUAGCGGUGGACGGUCCGGGCGUCGGACCGCAGCUCCAGGGUGUUCAUAGACAGCGGAAGGACAAUCAAGUGGUCCAAAAUGGGCUUAAGAGGAAAGACUGGCACGAUUACGAAGCAAUCAGAAGGGAUACCUCCAGAUCCGGUAACGGCGAGCAGGGGAAGCCGUUCCCCCUGACGGACGCAGACCGGGUGGACCAGGCCUACAGGGAGAACGGCUUCAACAUUUAUGUCAGUGACAGGAUCUCCCUCAAUCGUUCCAUCCCCGACAUCCGACAUCCCAACUGUCAACAGAAGCUGUACGCCGAGAAGCUGCCCAACACCAGCAUCAUCAUCCCGUUCCACAACGAGGGCUGGUCGUCGCUCCUGAGGACCGUCCACAGCAUCCUGAACCGCUCGCCACCGCAGCUCAUCGCCGAGAUCAUCCUGGUGGACGACUUCAGCGACAAAGAGCACCUGAAGGCUGCCCUGGACGAGUACAUGGUUCGCCUGCCCAAAGUGCGCAUCCUGAGGAGCAAGAAAAGGGAGGGCCUGAUCCGGACCCGUCUCCUGGGCGCCGCCGCUGCCAAGGGCGAAGUCAUCACUUUCCUGGACUCGCACUGUGAGGCCAACGUCAACUGGCUGCCUCCGCUACUCGACCGAAUCGCCCAGAACCGCAAGACCAUCGUGUGCCCGAUGAUCGACGUGAUUGACCACGACGACUUUGGCUACGGAACACAGGCGGGCGACGCGAUGCGCGGGGCCUUCGACUGGGAAUUGUACUACAAGCGCAUCCCCAUCCCCGCCCGGCUGCAGAAGGGCGACCCCAGCGAGCCCUUUGAGUCUCCAGUCAUGGCGGGAGGGCUGUUCGCCAUGGACAGGAAGUGGUUCUGGGAGCUGGGAGGGUACGACACUGGUCUGGAGAUCUGGGGAGGAGAGCAGUACGAGAUCUCCUUCAAGGUGUGGAUGUGCGGCGGUCGCAUGGAAGACAUCCCGUGCUCCAGGGUGGGACACAUCUAUAGGAAGUACGUCCCCUACAAGGUCCCCGGAGGGGUCAGCCUGGCGAGGAACUUGAAACGCGUAGCCGAGGUGUGGAUGGACGAGUAUGCAGAGUACAUCUACCAGCGGCGGCCUGAGUACCGCCACCUGUCUGCGGGCGACAUAACGGCGCAGAAGGAGGUGCGGAGCCGCCUCGGCUGUAAGAGCUUCAAGUGGUUCAUGAGCGAAGUGGCCUGGGAUCUGCCGCAGCACUACCCGCCCGUGGAGCCCGCCGCCGGCGCCUGGGGCGAGAUACGGAACGAGGCGAGCAACUUGUGCAUGGAAACAAAGCACGCGGUGUCGGGAAGUCCCAUCGUCCUGGAAACAUGCGCCAAGCAGCGGGGCGAGGUCAGCUUGAGCCACGGCCAGGUGUUCACGUUGGGCUGGCGCGAGGACAUCCGCGUGGGCGACCCCAUGCACACCAAGAAGGUCUGCUUCGACGCCGUCUCGCACAGCAGCCCCGUCGCGCUGUACGAUUGCCACGGCAUGAAGGGGAACCAGCUGUGGCGCUACCGCAAGGAUAAGAGCUUGUACCACCCGAUCAGCAACAGCUGCGUGGACAGCAACCCGUCCGAGCGCCGCCUCUUCAUGAGCACCUGCGACCCCUCGUCGCCCAGCCAACGUUGGGUCUUCGAGAAGACAAACGCCACCGUGCUGGACGGCUUCAACCGCCACUCGGCCGAGUGAACCCGACCUUACCCGGUACCGCCCGCCGCUGCUUGUUCACUAUCCGUCCGGCGCGGGGGGGCUCGGGCGGGCCGCCGCCCUCGUGGGCCCGCCUUUUGACUGACGGGCUUUUGACGCUGCGUCGGACAGAUGAGCUUGUCGUCCUGCCUGAUUUUCAACCCUUUCGCCGCCUUAUUUUUCCCCACCUUUCCAUCACCGCCGAGUUCCUUAUCUCGCCCCAGCCCCCCACCCCACCCCACCCCCCGGCCCAUAUCGCUAAAGUUCUGGUGAAGCCAGGCAAAACCGCUCAGAAAAUCACCUGCUGAACGAAUGAAUGCACCCCACUUUCACCCUUCACCCCCCCCUCCCUCCCUGACCUCGCUUUCCUAUUUUUCCUCCCCCCAUCCCCCCUCCCGUUUCUCGACUUUCUCGCUGUCGUCGCUGGCUGGAGAAGCCCCCCUCCCCCCCUCCGUCAUAGCUGGAUGAGCUUGGGGUCGCUUCGUCCCGCCCAGUUUCCCCGGUGAUUGGCAGGUGGGACGGGGGUGACCGGGGUGGCGGGUGGGGCUCCGGGGGUCCGACUUUAAUGCACUUGUGAUAAACUUGAAUGAAAUGUUAGUGCCUUGUUGAACAUUUUAGGCAUGCAAAUGUGUGUGUCUGUGUGUGUGUGUGUGUGUGUGUGUGUGUGUGUGUGUGUGUGUGUGUAUUGCGAGUACAUGUUCACAACAGCAAGACUCAUCCACAGACUGAACUGAAAUAAGAAUGUUCCAUUCACGUCUCUUGGUCCAAAGUUUGUCUCUAGAAAAGCAUAUUUCUUUUGACGUUUUUGUGUGUGUGUGUGUGUGUGUGUGUGUAGGGAGGUUUUGGGAAUACAUUAUUGGGGUCCCGUUUUAUAACUUGCACUCAUUAGUAAGCUCACAUAAGGUAAGGGGUGGAGUUUGCAUUUUGCACAUUGCUCGACUGGUUCCGAUUCGUUCAAAGCAAAUUGAUUGGUUUUCAUUUCAUACGCGGGGGUAGUUCAAUGCGCGUCGCGUGAUUAAAAUCAUUUGAAUACAAAAAUAAUGUGCAAAUUAAGGAAGCAGUUAUUGGCAGCCAUUUGAGAGCAUUUUGAAGACCCACAGAAUAUUGUGUUGUGUGACGUACCGAGAGAGAGAGAGUAGAACCACGGUGCUCAAUGCGUCGAUGGCGAUCGACCAGUCGAUCGCGACGGCGUGCAGGUUAAAAAAAAAAAAAAGACAGCCGUAUUUUUCCGACCUUUAGCUCACCACGCAUGUCCAAACGACGACGAAAACACAGAGUUCACCCCUCGCUUAAGAAAUCUUAUCAAACGCGAGUAUGGACGCCCGGCGUGAAGAAGAAAACAAAAACGUAUCACUUUCAUACGGACUGGGAGGCGGACUUAUUUUUUCACGAUGUCAUCGACGUUCGCAAGAACAGUCUCUGAAACCAGUAGGACGGGGAAAAUACCGUUGUGGAGACCGACUGAAAGCGUGGCAGUCUCGAGGAGACCGAAGUUCGAGAGCAGUGGUGCUCAAUGCAAGGCAGUUUCGGUCAAUAGCCUCCUUAUUCCAUUCGUUAGUAGAACACGGGGGCAGUGUCACCAAAGUCACCAAAAAUAUUAAUAUUCUGACCAAACAGCGGAGAAGACCUUCUUCCGCAGUAACCCGUCGGAAAAUGUACGUGACAAAUAUGUACAUCUGAGGCAGUAAGCGGUUGGCUUUCGGUUAACUUCACUUAAAAUCAAGCUAAACAUUGCUCUUUAUUAUCAUUUGAUUUUAUUGAUAUUUUUAGGUGUGCUUUGGGUCAUCGUCUGUGUUUGUGAAUUUAUUUCACAAAACUCUUGACUGUGGUCUGUGUCCGAAGCCAAUUUUUUUUUUCAAACCUUUCUGAUAGUUUCUUGGUAAUCGGGUCCCGUUAAAGUACAUAACCUAUUACAGUACAUAUUUUCAGCAGGAUAUACAUGCGUCUAAAAAUUAUUUCAUUUAUUGGCAUGUUGAGAGCCUGAAAAAUGUGAUGAAAUCAAAAAACUGAUGAGUGCAAGAUUUUGGGAGACCAGUGCUUUUUCAUCAUUUUCAUUACUGCAUAAAGUCUAAAAACUGUGCUUGAAUUGAUAUUAUGCAAAUGUGUGAUCAUAUCUAUUUUUUGCGGGGAUGGGGGUCUUAUUUUUCCACCUUUUUCAAUGUGCGAUCAAAACAAUUCAGCAAAGGAAUGAAUGUUAUUUUGUGGGUUUGUCACAUGACCAAUUUGUGUGUAGCCAAAUGUACUUUUUGUACAGUGUGAAUAAUGAAAUGUGGAUGAUUAUUUUCUACUGAUCUUGAGAAAAGUGGUUAAAAAAAAAAGUUUAUUUAGAUAUUUAACAAAACUGUACAAUGAAGCUGGAGUUGAAUGAUAUUUUUGCUGAAGUUGAAAAAAAAUAAAAGGUUUCUAUAUUGAAUGAAAAACAGAAGA